AUAGAGAUCUUCCUCUUGUGUUUGUGUUCACUGACGAGAAAGAAAGUCUGUCUACUCACAAUGGAUCCUAUUCGAGCGGAAGCUAUUCACAACGAGAGACAUGUCAAGGUAGUCUGCGUGGGUGCAGGUGCCUCGGGAUUGUGUCUGGCAUACAAGCUGCAGAGGUCGUUCCAGAACUAUGACCUGACUAUCUACGAGAAGAAUCCUGAGAUUUCGGGAACCUGGUAUGAAAACCGCUACCCAGGAUGCGCUUGUGAUGUUCCCUCGCACAACUAUGUCUACUCGUUUGAACCCAAAUCAGACUGGUCAUCUGUAUACGCGGGCUCCCGCGAAAUCAGAGGAUACUUCAAUGAUUUUGCCAACAAGUACGGCCUGCGGAAAUACAUCCACACUUCGCACAUCGUCACCGAAACCAACUGGAUCGAGGAAUCGGGCCAGUGGCAAGUGACGGCGACCGACUUGACAACGGGUCACACAGUACAUGACUGGUGUCACAUCCUGAUUCAUGCGACGGGCUAUCUCAAUAAGCCUGCCUGGCCCGAGAUUCCGGGACUGGCCGAUUUCAAGGGCACCAAGCUACACAGUGCGAUGUACGAUGAGAGCGUGUCGCUUGAAGGGAAGAAUGUUCUGUUGAUCGGUGCGGGCUCAUCGGCUGUUCAGAUUCUCCCUGCGAUUCAGCCUAUUGUUAACAGAGUAAAAAUCUUUAUCCGCUCGCCGACGUGGCUGCUGCCCGACAUUAGCACGGAGGCAGGCAAGUUCCCCGAGGAGCAGAUUGAGCAUUUUGUGAACAAUCCGGAGAGCGUGACAGCGCUGCGCAAGGAUAAUGAACGGACUAUGAACAGUAUCUUCACUAUGUAUCUCAAGGAUACUGUCCUUCAGGAGCAGGCAAAAGGUCUCCUGACAUCUGUGAUGAAGAACGCCUUUCAAGAUCAGGAAAUGGAAGAUCGUUUGAUACCGAACUUCUCUGUGGGCUGCAAGCGUGUGGUACCAUCGGGCUUCAGGUAUCUGAAUACUCUCAAAAAAGAGAAUGUCGACGUGGUCUACGGUGGUGUGACUGCGGUAACACCAUCUGGCUGCGUAAGCGAAGACGGGAAUGAGCAUCAAGGCGACAUUAUCAUCUGUGCUACCGGAUUUGACACUUCCUACAUUCCACGCUACCCUGUCAUUGGACCCAAUGGCCGCAACCUGCAGACAGAAUGGGCCGAGUCCAUCAUGGGCUACAUGGGAAUCGGUAUCUCUGAGUUCCCCAACACGUUUACCAUGCUUGGCCCCUACACGCCUGUUUCCAAUGGCCCUACAAUGGUUGCGAUUGAAGCUCAAGCAGACUACAUCUGCUCCUUUAUUGACCGUUACCAAACGGAGCCCAUCCAUAGCAUGGCACUCAAGCGGGAUGUCUGCGCUGAGUUCAAGGAGCAUGUCGGUUCAUUCAUGGAAAAGGCCGUCUGGACGGAUAAUUGCCGCAACUCCCACAACAACCAUACCAUCGGCGGUCGCGUUCCCACGACUUGGCCUGGAAGCACUUUACACUAUCUUGAGGCAAUGAGAGAGCCACGUGCUGAUGACUGGGAUAUUAAGUACAAGGGCAACCGUUUCUCCUGGUUGGGCAUUGGUGUUUCCCAGACGGAGUGGGAUCCAACUGCUGAUCUGGGAUAUUAUAUCCGUCAAUCGGAUGACGGACCCUGGCACAGUCGGCGCAAGCGGAAUUUGGUCAUUGCUAAAACAGGAAGCAUGGCUCCACGUCCUCUUCAUAGACAACCCAAGCUUGCUGCCAAAGAAAAAGCCCAAGGUAUCAAAGCUGAUGUGUCAGAGCAGAUGCCGAGAGCCCAGGCAGAGCCGGUGUCUGAAGCGACGGCGUGAUUUUUGAACCUUAUAACGAAGAGGUUCUAUUAAAUUGACUCAACUGUUCGCUAAGCCCCCUGAAAUUGGAAACCACAACCUUCUCUUCGGCAUUGGCAUGUUGCCUCCAUCCGAGGUUCAACAAUGGCUGGGUAAGGAGCAGGCCACAGGCCCUACAUCCUCGUCCAAUACACGGAAUGUACGCGACUCAACAAACGAGUCCACGACUAUCCAAUGUAUUUAUAUGCUACACACCCAUGUCACUCCAGUCUGGACUAUGGUUUCGGUCAGAUUUCGGGACCACCAGCCUGCAGGCCCUGACUCAUGCCUAGGCCACCGGAUCUAUACGCCCAAUCCCCAGGAUCCAACGCAUCUCACGCCGAUCAUUUCGGGACAUCUCCAUAGGCUUUGUCAGAAUACUAUUCUAAGCGAAAAUUAAAUUUCAAUAUAAGCUAUACUAUACAGACUAAGACUUUAUCAGCACAUCAAUCAGAUAUACUACAUGAGUCAACAGUGUUCCUUCAUAAAUCACAAAUUGCACCUGACGCGUCAAAGGUCAAGUCCUCAUUCUUAUAGUUAUUUUGGUUGGCAAGUGGAGCUAUUCCACAACGCCUCGUCCCUAGUUACUCACCACAUCAGGAACCAAUAUGGAUCUUGACCAGCCGUCGUGACUUUGCCUUCCU